CCAGUAGGCGGCGUAACGACCGUUGACAACUGACAGGUCUACAACAACGUUAAAAAUAAACGGUUUUAAAAAUUAUUUAAAAAAAUUUCAUCACAAAAACGGAAUAUUAUAGUAAUUUAAAAAAAAGGCAAAGAAUAAUAACCUGUACAUGAGUUCGAGAAGAAAAUCAGCGAGGAGCUCUAAACGAGGCCGUCGCAUGUGGUUACCUGCCGAUGACGACUUGCCGUUGUCUUUGAUAGCAAUGUUAACCAAUAAACCGCCCGUUAACAAAACGAAACCAACCCCUCGAAGGAAGCCUGCACGACGAACUGCAGCUGCAACGGCCGCUUCUAGAGCAGCUACGGUGAGCGAAGUCAUUCCACUAGACGACACGUCGGAGUCUAACGAAAUAUUAAACAAUGUCAAAGCAAAAGUGGGUACCUUCAUGGAAACGGGAAGUUUUAUUUCAAGUGAUGAAGACGAGGUUGAGAUAACAAAAACUAAAAAUAACAAGGUUCUUGCAAGUUCGUUUUUAAUUUCAGAUGACUCCGAUGAUGAUUUUAAGAGUAAACAGUCAACUAGUAGUGGAGUUAUUGAUAUUUCUGGACCCAGCACCAGCUCUGGGUUAAAGACUGGCACAAAGAAAAUUUUAGAUGAUGAUAUCAUGGAAAUUGUUGACUCAGUUUUAGAUAGUAACACUGAAAGCAAAGAAAAUAAUUUGAAUGAUAUAAAGAGUUUGGAAGAUUUUAGAAAAGAGACUGAGGAGAUGUUGAAAAAUGCGUCUGCGUUGUUAAAUGAAAUCAAAGCUGGAGAUAAAACAGAGCCCAAGCCAAAGGUGGAUGACAGUCCCGCAAAAGUGACAGUUGGAUCGUGUCCCAUAUGUUUUGAGACGUUAGCGAAUCGGCCAGCUUCAGUGACAGUCUGUGGGCACAUUUUUUGUAAACCCUGCAUUAUGCAGGCGGCUCAAAUUUCGAAAAAGUGUCCAACUUGUAGGAAAGCAAUUAAUAGCAAGAAAAUUCACCCCAUAUACUUUUAAAUUUUGAUAUCCACUAAUUAAAAAUUUCCAAGAUGUUCUUUAAUUUUGUAAUUUAAUAUUUUCAUUGUAUUAGGUUAAGGUAAGAUUAUUCUUCGUUUUAAAUGUUAUGAUGCGAUACUGUAAUAUACGGAAAAAGCAGACUGAACUAAGGGUUUGAAAAAUAAGUUCAAUCAAAAAUAGUUGGCCAAAAUAUGAAACCUGUGUUAACUGAUUACUUGAAUAAAAGUUUGCGCAUUGAUGUAAGGUACUGUGAUAACUGUAGGUUCAAUGAUUGUAAUUAAAACAUUUUGUUUCAUAUCA